AUGACGUAUUUAGCGAGGCGAGCACUCGCGGAGCCGCAGACUUGCUUCGCCGCCGAACUUGCCGUAAAUAGACAAGGAGGAAAGUGAGCGGCCCGACUGUCACAUGGGGAGCUGCCGGACGCUUUCGGUGGACCGGAAAGCUUCAACUUCGAGCGACGGAGCGUCGACCGUUUGAGCCUUUUCUCCGGCGUCUCUUUCGGCCACUGGUUUGUGAUGGUGAACAGCGGGAUGGAGGUGCCCACGGUGGCCUUGAUGGGGGGGACAGCAGGUCGGUCGUGCGCAGGAUGCGGAGGUCGAAUUGCAGACCGCUUCCUCCUCUUCUCUAUGGAGCAGUACUGGCACACGCGCUGCCUCAAGUGCUCCUGCUGCCAUGCUCAGCUGGGCGAGUACAGCAGCACCUGCUACGCCAAAGGAGGCAUGAUCCUCUGCAAGAACGACUACAUCAGGCUGUUUGGACACAGCGGCGCUUGCAGCGCUUGUGGACAUUCUAUCCCUGCUAGUGAGAUGGUGAUGCGGGCACAAGGAAAUGUUUACCACCUGAAGUGUUUCAUUUGCGCAACCUGUCGGAACCGCCUGGUCCCGGGUGAUCGCUUUCAUUACGUCGACGGAACGAUCUUCUGCGAACACGAUCGGCCGGGAGGCGGACUGCUCGGUGGACACCCAACUCAAAUGCGAGCCAACGGUCUGAUGUCCGACCAAAAGGUCUGCUGAGAAACGGGAUGGGAAAACGUGAGCGUCUGCUCCCUCAGCCUUUCUUAUCUGUCCCUUCUUCACCUCCCUCGCCUCGUACACCAGCUCGCCUCGCUUUCGAUGAUGAAAGAAGGCCGAGUUGAGAGUGACUUGCUUUAUUUGUCGGAGGAGGACGCCGAGGAAGGUUGGACCGCCAGACUGCUGUCUUUGAAUGAACCGUGGCAACGAUGUGGUGAAGAUCAGGCUUGGCUGAAAGGAAGGAAUCAGACAUUGACAUUUUGCAGCAGUGAUUUCAGUGGAAACCAGUCGGGCCUUUACCCACCAAGUCCCACACGGGGGCUAUUGAAACUGGAGGUGACGCUGAGGCCGUUGCUUAUAGUGAACUCAACUCCUCCAAAAUGUAUGACACUUUUUUAGCAUUCUUUGUGUUUGUGUUUUCCAACACAGGUGGUAACACAAGCAAUAAAAAAAAAAAAUAAUAAUUCUGUUUUCUGCGUUGGUCAAGUAUUCAUCUUAAUUACAGAAGGGAAAGUGGUGGUUCUGUUCUUAAUCUUGGUACUCACAGAACGAGCUUCAAAGCAUUUUAUAUCUUCCCCCCCCCCCCCCAUGUAUAUUGUACGUAUCGAUGUAUAUUCAAGUUGGCUUUUUGUCUGUAUUUUAUUUCUUUUGGACACACAACAACACAUCCUUUACAUCCGGUACAUUUUCAAAGCAAAGAGUUUUUGGGGGAGGUUUUCGAGCAACCAUACUUUGUAGCCCAUAUGAGAAUGAUGACUUGGAUAGUACAAGUAAUCAGUGGAAUGUGUUGCUGGAUUUGGAAGUAAAAUAUUGUGUGUGUGAAACAGAAUUUAGGCUUUUAAAGAAUUGGCUUUAGCAGUGAAAUGCUCAUCGGGCCAUCGACGUUUUGUUCCAGUGAUCUGAUGUUGUACUUUAUUGGUAUUAACUCGUGUGGUUGGCUGUUGAGUAUGUGCCCCACCUCUGGCCCAAGGUCAGGUGGGAUAGGCUCCAGCUCACUGCGAUCCUAAUGAGGAUAAGCACUAUCUAAAACGGAUGGUAUGAUACUUUUGAAUGAAUUACCAUCGAAUUCGAAUGUGAAUUCGGCCAGUGCAGCCAAUGCUCCAAAUCGACUUGGAAAGCGAAUAGCCUUCUUGGCAUCCUCACAGUCCAAUACUGUAUGUUAAAGCUGGUUUGUUGUAAUAAAAUUACUUUUGUUCACUUUCA